AUGGAUUUUUCUGUAAAAGAACUUUCUAUGAUGGCAUUAAUGCUUGAUGAGGAUGAGCAAGUAGCUCAAGAGCCUCGUAGGUACUGGGUUCAUUCUGCUUGGAAGAAACGAGAUGACGAAGGAGAGUUCCAAACUUUGUACAAGGAGCUUGUAGACGAUGAAACUAAAUUCAAUGAAUAUUUUAGAAUGUCCAUGUACUGCUUCGAUGUCUUAUUUAAAAAAAUCGAAAAAUACAUUCAAAAACAAGAUACAAAUUUCAGGAAAUGUAUACCACCUAAGCAUCGGUUAGCUGUUUGUUUAAGAUUUUUGGCAACAGGAGAUUCUUUUAAAACCAUAUCAUUUAGUUAUCGUUUAGGUCAUUCAACAGUGUAUGAAAUAGUUACAAAUACUUGUAAAGUAUUAGUAGAAAAAAUAAUGCCAGAAGUAAUGCCUCUACCUACCGAAAACAAAUGGAGAGAGAUCACAGACGAGUUCUGGAGUUGUUGGAAUUUUCCAAAUUGUAUUGGGUCAUUAGAUGGCAAACAUGUUGUUAUUCAGGCUCCACCUAGAAGCGGAACUCUAUAUUUUAAUUAUAAAAAAAUAUUUUCCGUGGUACUUAUGGCACUUGUAGAUGCACAUUAUAAUUUUAUUGUGGUCGAUGUUGGUGCAUACGGCAGAAAUAGUGACGGUGGGAUUUAUAUGCACUCAAAAUUAGGAAAAGGAGACGAGGCAUUCCCUCUAAAAGAAUAUUUGAUGAGACCUUACCCAGGAAAACAACUCGAUGAGCAUUCAAAGCGUAUUUACAAUUAUCGUCAUUGUAGAGGAAGAAGAAUUAGACUUCAAGCAAAACCGGAAAAUGCAGAUAAUAUAAUUUUAGCGACUUGUGUUUUAUACAACUUUAUAAAAAUAAAUGAUGGCAAAGUAACAUAUAAUCGAGGUGAAAUUACCAAUCCUGAAGAUUCGUCAACUUUUCAAUAUUUAACCAUGCAAGGAGGAAAUGCAAGUCAACAGGCAUUCCAG